AUGUCCAGAUACAGCGGAGUUCGCCGCCAGGAUUUCCCCCCUUUGUCGAGCCGCGAGAACAAGUACACCCCUCCUGCGAAACGAGCACCCUCUUCGAACACAACUGUGGUUGGAGCCCCCAUUGACCCUGCGAUCAUCUCAUCGCAACUGAGAGCACCUGUGAAAAAGCAAACCACCGCGAAGCCGGAAGACGCCAAGCUCCUGAGCCAGCUGAUCAACAAGGGUAGCACUGUCCAGUCUGCUGAGACGCCCAAGGCUGCUGACCCGAAGCCCGCCGCUAAGCCUGCUCCCAAGCAAGAGUCGACCAAACAGGCCGAGGCCAAGCCGUCAGAGACGAAGACAGCCACCGCGAAGACCAGUGAAGCCAAAUCUACCGACAACUCGACCACCGCGGCUCGUCCCUCUGCAGCUACGAGCCGAACCAUCUCUCCUCAGGUCAAAGAGGGCGCGCCAAGCGCAGCUUCGACUGUGGAACGCGAUGUUCUCAACUCCUUCAAGACUUUUGCCAGCCAACAGCGGCAGAACGCUGAAAAAGUUCGGAGCAGUAAGGCAAAGGCUGACAAGGAAGUCAAACUGACAGAAUUGAAGAAGUUUGCCGACACCUUCAAGCUGUCGACCCCAGUCCCUACUGACCUGAUUUCCAUUAUCGCCAAGGAUCCUGACAAACAAAAGGAGAUCCAGGCCAAGGCUCUCCAGAAUGCGGAAGAAGUUGCUCGCUCAAAGACAACCCCCACUAUGAAGGGCAAGGAAAGUCCCUCAAAGGAAGGCGCAGCAAAACCUUCUGCGGAUGCUCCCGCAACACAAGCUCCCGCUGAGACUAGGAACGCUGCCCGCACAGCGCCUGCGCAACAGACGAUAUCUCCCUCCAACGUUCCGAACCGCCAUCCCAAUGCUCGCCAGUCCUACGCCAGUCCUCAGUACCAUACCCAAGCAUACAGGAACGACAGAUCUGGUCCGCACAUGGCUCAGCAGAAUCGUCAGCCUUUAGCGCAACGCUUGCGUAAUGUGGAGCAACAGAAGAUGUCGCAGCCACCUAACCAGCAUGUUGGUGGCCAGGAUAUGCGCAUGCCGCCAACAGGCCCCGCGAACAACACGGAAGCAUUCCGGCGCGCUGGCGGUCGGAACUGGGACGAUAACGAUGGGUUGAGGCCCUCGUAUGACACCCCGCCGACCUGGAGAGCGCCUUCGGACAAUGAGAAGCCCGACUCUACAAUGCUGAUCACUUCCAAGGAGUUCUUGGAGCGUCAGUCAUUCGCCGCGUCGACAAUUGCGACGCCGAACCACACGCACGUUGUGCCCAGUGCCCACCAGCAUCAGCUUCCGUUCCAUCUGCAGCAGCCUGCCCACGGCAUGGGCCCGCGGCAGUCGCCACAUAUGCCGCCCAUGCCCAUACAGAACCAGCAUGGCCACGUCCCUCAUACGCCGUACCAGAACAUGGACGACCACCGGAUGAUGCACUCAAACUCGGCACAGUCGUUUGCCUCGCCUCGGAUGGCCCAGGUCCCAAUCACUUACACGCCGGCAAUGAGCUCGGCUGGUCAGGUUCCUUACAGCCAGCCGAUGAUGCAGCCUUUUGUCGGACCAGGCACACCACAAAUGGGUGGUUACCGGAACUUUUCCAACAACCACCAAUACAUGCCGCAGCAGCCUGGUGGCCCUAUGGGAGCACCGAUGAUGCCUCAGUUCAUGAAUCCACAGGGUAUGGUUCCAGCUCCUGGGCAAAUGCCCAUGUACGCUGGAAAUCACACUCAAUUCAUGCCUCCGAACGGCGCACCACCUCAGCCCAUUCCUGGAGCCAACGGCUACCCCAGCCCGGGACGCCCGUCAGCACCCAUGAUGGUUCACCAAGGCUCCCAGCAGGGCCAGCCGGUAUAUGGCAUGAGCCCCAACGUGCAAUACCAGCAGCCUGCGUUCACCCCGCAGCAGCCCGGCGGUCAGGCCCUGGUCCUCAGCACUUCGGAACAAGCCCCUCGCAAAUGCACCAGUACGGGGCGCAGCAUCGUAGUGGGAGCAACAGUUACGGAGCCAAGCCGUUCAACAACCACGGGCAGCAUCAAGGUCCUCAACAAGUUCCUCCGGUACCUGCCGGUGGUCCUGCUCGCGCUCCUGACGGCUCCGAGGAAGCCAAAUGAGGAGCAUGUCGACAUGGCCGAGGCAUACCGAUAG